GCCCACAAAUUAGCAGGAAAUGAGUUCUUUGUGGGGCGAGCAGCAUAUGAAGGCAGUCCACACAGGCUGUGGGAGGCAAAGUCGCACUUGCACCGUCUCGUCUGCCACUCGCCUUCAUCGCUUGUGCUGGUGUCGGAUCAGCCCAGACCCCCGGGGCAUCGCUGUGGCAAAGUGUGCGAGGCAAGGACUCCUUUACAGAAAAUCCCUGCUGGCUGGAGGCAAUCGCAAAGACUAGAAAAGCAACUUUCAAGUAAAACCAAGAAUCUGACGAGUAAUUUGCAAAACUGGGACCUUUAUUGAUGCAUUUUUAUCUGGUUGGAUUGGAUGCGAAGUAUGAUGUCCCUGUGAUGAUGUGUGCAAGUGGAUUCUAAGUCUUGACCCUGAUAACAAGAAGCAGAAAGAGCAAAAGCAAAGGAAAUGCUGCAACAAGUGUCCGGCACGUCUACUUUCACCGCCCCCAUUCCUUUUCGGAUUCUGAACAAGGGGCCAGAUUAUUUUCGAAAGCAGUUGGAGGGCAGUAGCAAGAAGCCGAGUGCCGUGGAGAGGCUGGAGGCCGAUAAGUUGAAAUAUGUGAAGAGUCAACAGGUGGCAGGUACGCGGCAGGAGCCGGUGAAGGCGAGUGAACCGGUCCCGUUACCAAUCAUCAGACGGACCCAGCAAAGUGCCAGGAAAACCUGCAGCGCUGGGGUUGGCAGAACGGACAACUCGGACUGGAGAGGGGCUUUAAACCUGGAGACUCUGAGAAACCUGAUGCUCGCCUGCGAGACGCCAAACUCGCCGACCAAGCAGUCGAUCGGCGAACACGCGGGCAAUCCCAGCGCUGGUAAUCCACGGGGAUCCCAGCGGGGGAAGGAGCUGGUGAACAGCCACGGGAAGGAGCUGCGGAGUGCCCUCCUUGUGCCGGCUCACAACGCGGCGGUGAGGCGCGUGGACGUGCGCCCCAGUGUGAGCAGGUGUGUCAGGACACCGCCCUGCCCGUCCAUGUCCAAGUCCAGACUCGUGUCCUCUUCCAGCUCCAAGGGCUCGUCGUGGAGGCUUCAACCCGAGCUGAGCGCCCGGCAGCAGCUCUCCCUGCACCGGUCCAAGUCCGAUCUGAGUGACCGCUAUUCCCGGGUCAGCGCCAACCUGGAGCGGUUCUUCAACUACUGUGGCCUGGAUCCCGAGGAGUUGGAGAAUGUAGGGAUGGAGUGCUUGGCCAGAGCCAGCUCCGACAUCGUGUCCCUCAAGCUCCACAGCGCAAGUAACCUGAGCUCGGAGUACGGCCGCUCCCAGUGCAGCAACGCCAUCGAGGAGAAGCCAAGUGAACGCAUCCCCUAUGGGAUCUCCAUCAUUGAACGUAAUGCCAGGGUCAUUAAGUGGCUGUACAGCUGCAGGGAAGCAAAGGAGUCUCGAAGGGUGUCGCCUGUAUAAGGCAGGAGGAGAUACCAGGACAAUGGGAGAAGCUGAAACUGACUUCAUGAUCUUAUCUUUGAUGUAGGAUUUGCCACUUCAUUGGGAAUGUGAAAAUUUUAACUUGUGUUCAUUACUGCCACUGACUGCUACUCUUUAAAGACUUUUUUUUAUAAAACUUGUUAAGGGCUGACCUUGUGUAAACUGUGAAAAAGACUGCACAAUUUUAAAACUUUGAAUUCCAUUUUGAUACGUUUUAGGUCUGUUGAGAGAAACUGAAUGAUUUGGGUGAUUUUUAUAACAAAAACAAUGAAGAUCUUCAGAGAUCAUCUUUUGAACAACAAAUCUGAAAUGGGACAAAUCUGUAUAGAUUUACUAAGCUUUGAUGCAUAACAGUAGUAAACAAAAUGUGAUUCAAAUAUGCAGCAGGCCAUUGUCAUUUCAGAGAAAAGAAGGAUAAAAUAUGGGUAUACACUUUUUAUCUUGGUGAAGGUUGUCUGAAAUAAGAAUAUCAUUCCUAUUUUAGACACUGAUUUGCUGCGUUUCAAACUUAAAAUAAUUUGUAUUACCCUUUAUCUGGUAGCAAAUGUACUUUUAUCUGGAGAUGAAAGUUAUCUAUAUUAAGUCUGUGCUGUCACAUGCUGUAUUAUCACUUGUCAGUAUCUCAUUUUCUUAAUACUGAACCUUUGACUGUUAUGUAUUUUUUAGAAGACUACAAUUGGAAUAUUUUGCUACUUUAAUUAGAGGCCAAUAGCUGUAAACAUGAAAAUACAAUAUUGUUGUAUUUUGCCUCUAGAGUGGACAUAAUAUCAGAAUUAUUAUCAAUAAUAUAUAUACUAUGUCCAGCAAAAUUCAGCCUACAGUUUGAAUCUGCUUUAUGUUGGUCAAUAAAGUACUACCAAUUCUU